ACAAGGUAUGUCACAUAAUUUAAUGCAUUACAGGCAAUUUCUUUGUAAUGACAUCAGGCACUCAAAUGGUAGAUGGAGUUAACCUGAAUUUUCUCGUAAGAUCAGAUCUUGGGGGUUUGACUUUAAAGCAGCUGCAUAUUAUUCUCACCCUUCUGUCGAAAUGAUGGUAGUGGUUGGGUCCAUUAAAUGCACCAUGAUUUGGGCUUCUUAUAGUUUAGUAUGCUGCUGAUGGUGUUCUUUGGGACAGAAGGAAACACUGUUCUAUGCUAUAGGGUUUUGCUGUUGAUACUACUGGAAUUCUCAAGACUUGUUGACUUUAGCUUCAGUAAUGGUGGCAUAAUUAAGUUUUGGGAAAGGAGUUGGACAUGGAAAUAGAGAUCCCUCAGUUUCAAACUUGUUCAGCCAUCAAAAGUGAUGAGAUAUCCCUCUGAAGGAUUACUGUGAAAAAAAUAUCUCUUCAACUCGGAAUGGUUUCAAGAAAGUUGGUUUCUGUGAAUAUCUGAUACUGCUGAAGGUUGUGGUGCAUUUUAGUUGAAUGCUGAAACUGAGUUUCAACUGGGGGUGAACAAGAUUAAUACCUUCUUUAAUUCAUCCAAAGAGGGGCAAUUUUCUUGCUUUUCUUCUUUAAAAUUUAAAUAUUUGAAAAUGUAACAUUAAGGACCAGUUUUGGUCAAUAUCAUCAGAAGAUCAUAUUGUUUAGCUUUUUUCUAAAGUUUUCCUUUGAGAAUUUGUUUCUUGUUUUUAACUUUAGUGAUAUCUUCUAAAAAAAAAAAGGGAAAAAGGAUUAACAUCUUUCUAACUAAGAAUGGUGAUGUUUUCCUAUUUUAUUUGUCUCGCAGAAGUUGCAUAUUUCUUGCCAUGCAAUUUCUUGGUGAGGUCCUUAAUUGUUUUGCAAUAAUUUGGGAUUCAGGGCCUUUUCCCCUGCCAAGGUAUUCAGCUCCUUAUUAUUAGCUUGAAGAGUGAAUACAUAAGGUAAUGUCAAAGAAAGUUAUUUGCAGGGUCCAUCCCAAGUUUUCCAUUCAAGUGAAAACCUGCUGAGGGAUAGGCCCUCAUCCAUUUUAUUAGCAAAAAAUGGGAUAUAUACAACAAAAAAAUCAGAUCCUUGUCAGGAUGAUAACAUUACCAAAAGGAAAGUUGACUGGGAUCCCAGCCAACUUGUCCCGCAAUACAUUCUCUAUAUCCCCUAUCACCGGAACACAAAAACAACAUACUACAGACUUCCACUGAAGGCUGAUGGUACGCCAACUGCAAUUUGCUGAUAAGCCUCUGCGCAUGCAAAAGAUGUCUUGCCCUAUCUGAGGUCCCUUUGAUGACUUUGUCUAACUUAUCUUUUCAAGCCUCAUUGUUGGCUUGUACAACAAUGAUAUGCUCAAAAGUAUUAAUCUUCUCUAGACAUUUAUUCAAGAAUCAAAACCCAGUUCUCAGAUUUCCAUUGCUGCACUCGUUUUGGCAGGGGAUUUGUUAUUUCUGGCAACACAUUUUGUCAAGCGUUGUGACUGGUGAGAAAGUUGCUUUGUUCUCGUUGCUGCCAGUUCUACACUUUUGGGAUACAAAAUAUUGGAUUCCCUAUGGAAAUGUCAGUUUUGUGACUCUAUGUCUUGCUGGAAAUGAAUGGAAGGCUGUCUAAAGGAAGUCUGCACCUGCUUUUGACUGAAUGAUGACAACUCCUGGCUUGUAAAUAAUGACACUUCCUAACUGUAACCCACAUUGGAAUCGCUAAGCUAAAAGUUUUCCAUUUCUUAUCCUCUGAUUAUGAUUGUCAUCCAUUCUUGGUAGCACCUUGCUGCAUUUGUUUUCCUUUAUGAAAUAUUUGGUUUAGCAACCACAAAAGCACAUCUACUAUGUCACACAGGUGUGGGGUGUGGCAUUUUUCAAAAAUCAUGGAUGCAAGUCCAGUAUCUAUCUAUCUAUCUCUCUGUCUGUCUAUCGAUGAUUCUAUAUAUGUAUGUGUGUGUAUAUGUGUGUAUAUUGUCCAUAAACAGAAACUAAGAAUUACAGAUAAUAAGCUAUGAUUCUCUGAAGAAAAAGAAAGCAAGUGUUCAUGAUACUUAGCGCAGGUCUCUAUCGUAAAAGUUUUUCAAGUUAAUGGAAGCUAUACUCCCCUUUUUGGGCCUCUUUUUGUUUGGUCUUCAAUUGUGCUUUAUUAUUCUCUUUGGAAGUUUUACAAUAUCAAUUAGCACACAUAAAAGGUUCUUUUUUAUACAAGGAGCUAAGCGUUCCUUGGUUCAUUGUGAUACCUUUUUCACUAAUCUUUUUUUCCUGUCUUAUGUAUCAGAAAUUUGACAUCUAAACUGCUAUAAAACUAGCUUUAACCAUGUUGUCUGACUCUACCUUUUAGCCAUUGUUCUUGCAGCCUGUUUAGCAAGAAUUGCAUAGUUUUCUUCUCUAUCCAGGCUCUUCUUUUGCCUCACUAUAUUUUCACAUUCAUCUGUGGUUCAAUUAGUAACAAAAAAACAUGCUUUAAUCUAUCUUUAAAUCGGUCAUCUUCAGGCAAUUCUUUUUCCAUCUAUUCUAUACCUUAUGAUGUAGUUUUCAUUUUUGAUGAAUAGAUAAAUGAAUAUCUACUUUUUCUUGUCCUUGCUUUUGCAUCUAAUUUGAUGUAAAUUUCAUAUUCUCUAGUAGAAAGAUGGCAAAAUUUUCAUAACCAGUCAUACGUAUGACCAAUCCUCUAUGUAUCUCUUUAAAUGGCAUUAAUAAACCAAAAAGCUGUUGAUGGAUGUUUAGUAUACUAAUAUGUAUUUCAAUUUGCUAAAUACGUCACUGAGGGGAUGUGAUUUUUUUCUUUUGUUUUUCAUCAUAUACAUGUUGAAGCAUGUAUAGAAAAUCUCAUUGUGAACAUCACUUGUCAACCACUGAUUACAAGGAUAGGACAAAUAUGAGGCAGGCUGUAGUGCAUUUAAUCUUUAAUAUGUUCUUCCAUGCCACAUUUGCUAUAGAAGUCUAGCAGUAUUCAUUUGGCCAUUGACUCCUGUUUAUAGAAAUCAUGGUUUUAUUUAAUUUAUUUUGUGACAGAUCAUUUAUCCAUUUCAAAUGCUGGCAUUGCAUCCAUAAAUAUGAAUAAUUGACAUUUUUUCAUGGUUAACGGUGACUCUGAUUUGAUCUCAGAAAGAACCUAAUGAAAUUGUGCACCUGAGAGAGUUGUAUGUGCCUUGGAUGCCGUUCCCGUUGUUGAGUUCUGUUGGCUAAGUGAUCGGUCAAUGAUGUGGAAUACUUCUCAAAACUGCCAUCGUGAAUUUGAUGGGGCCAUCUUCAUGUGCAAUCGUGAAACUAAGAAAGAGUGCCUAGCGAGAGGACUUUUUGGUCUUCCACCUUCCCAGGCUCAAUUUGUGCAAAAAAUUAAAUCAGGAAUGAUAUUAUUUCUAUUUGAAUACGAGGAAAGGAAACUUUUUGGUGUAUUCGAGGCAUCUUCAGAUGGUGGUAUUGGUAUUGUACCUGAGGCAUUCAGUUCCUCCGGGAAAUCAUUCUCUUCUCAGGUACGCAUUCAAAGGAUAUGGUCCUGCUACCCUCUGUCUGAACCUGAGUUCUACAAUGCACUGAAAGAUAAUUACUAUACAUCAAACAAAUUUCGUUUCUUUCUCACGGAAAAACAGGUUGAAGAUCUUAUAAUAUUGUUUUCUUCUAAGAAAAUAAAAAAUCAGGUUUCAGGGGAUACAGAAAUGCAUUAUUGGGCCAUGGAUCAAUUCAAGAAACAUGGUCGAGGUACGAGUCCGAUGAAUGAGCAUGAAAAAUCUGUAGAAGAAAGAGUCUCAGAAGAAAAGGUUGCUCUCACUAGCCUGGCUGAUUUAAGACAUAACUUUGACAUUUGUAAGCCAUACUUUGUACAGGUAGAUUACCUGAAUAAAUUGCAUGGGCAAGGUUCCCACUCAGAAAAUGAAAACAACUCAGCUCCAUAUAGAACAGUUUCAGCACCUUGUUCUGAUGCAAGCACCGCUGCAGAUUUUUUGGGUGAGGAUAUAUCAGAUCUGCCUCAGUAUUCCAUCCCUUGUCUACAAUACCAUCAAGAUCCUUUUUCUUCAGAAAUUGAGCAGUAUAGCAAGCAAGCACUUGUACAGGAACUUACAAAGCCAAGUGUUCCGGGCAGUCUCAUGCUUGCUGAUGACCCUAUGCCUGUCCCAUAUUCUCGUUUCAAUGUACCUCAAAUGGGCAUGGAAACCUCAGAUUUCUCUAGCUGUCAGGCAGAUUUUAGCAGUAGUGAUCCUCUUGUUUGGUGGCAUGGACUUGGGCUUCAAGAUUUAGAAAAUGUUAAUGCGGUUGAUAAUGAUGUGCAUUAUCAACAUCCUGUUUGCCCUUCUUUUUAUUCAGAUCAAUAUAUGAAGAGGACUAGUGCUUUUGAGCGUCUAUCAUUCACUCAUGAAAGUGUUAGGGAUCAUGAGAACAAUGUGGAUGCUUCUGCUCAUGAUCUUAUUGAGUUGUUGGCUGAAAGAAGGAAAAUAUGGAGAGUGCCCGCUCACAAGAAGGAAAGAGCCCAGCAUUUUUGUGGAACUGACCAAGAGCAUCUGACUGAAGAAGAGGUGGAUGCAAUUGUCACACUAGAGGUUGAUGAUGAAGCUUGUACCUCGUUUGAGGAAGCUGAUCAUGGUAGAAGGCAGUUUCCCAAUUUUAGGCGCAGGAGUGACAUUCGUAAAGAGAUUAACAAUGGAGGAACUUCUGAAGAAGGAGAUUUGAAAGUGGACUCCUGCCAUGUAACAAAGCGCAGAAAAUUGAUCCGGCCUUCUCUUAGCAAGAUGCCUUCUUCAGUUGAACAUGUUAGCGAAGAGAACAAAGCAGCAAGUCAGGGAGAAGCGGGUGCUAUUGAUCAGUGUGCUUUGCACUUGCUAAAGCAACAUUCAGAAGAUGGUGCUUGUGAAGGUCUGCAAGGGUCGUUUCAAAUUCUUAUUGGGCCUGUUGGUUGUAUAGAUCAGAAUGUUGUUGGUCAGGAACAGCAAAAACCACUGCUACAGGAAACAGGUAGCAACUCUGGGCAACUGGAUGUCCCCCAAUCUGCAUUGUCAGUAGCAAAUACUAGUGGUGAUGAAGAUGAGAAUCAGUUCAUGCGAACAGGGUGCUUGACUCCAAAUCCCAUAAUAUGCUUGGGUGCUCAACCGGAGGUUAAUUACCAACAUUUGGUUGACAAUGAAAAUGGCAAUUUGGCAGCAUGGUCCCAGGCUAUUCAGCAGGAAAGCAUUUCAAAUGUUGAUGAUAACCAAGAUGGUAAUCCAAUUUUACAAUCAGGGCCACUGACUCAAAAUGCCACAGUAGUAUUGGCUGAUCAAGUAGUGGUUAAGCAUGGGCAUUUGGUCCAUGAUAGGGAAGGUGACUUGGAUGAGCUACCUGAAACUGUUCAGCAUGAGAGCACUUUGGAAACUGUAGAAGAUCAAAGUAAAAUUGUGCAGUCUGAAAAUGAGAAGCAAAUUUUGCAUACAGGAUCAUUGCCUCAUAAGACUCAGAUGGUUUUAGCUGAACAAGCUGAAAAUAAGCACAGACAUUUAAUUCAUGAUGGGCAGGGUGAUGCGGAAGAGUUGUCUCAAGCUAUUCAUCAGCAAAGCACUGCAGAAGAUGUCAGAAAGGAUGAAAGUGACCUUGAGCAGCCUCAAAAUGGGAAUCAGAUUUUGCAAGAUGAAUCCCAUCCUCGAAAUGUCAAAGCAUCAUUAGCUGAAGAAGCUGGCGUUAAGCAUAACUAUUUGGUUCAUGAGGGGGAGGUUGUCUUGAGUGAGUUGUCCCAGGAUACUCAGCAAGAAAUCUCUAUGGUACGUGUACAAAAAAAUCAAGAUAUUCAGCUUUAUCACAAUGAGGAUCAGAUUUUGGAUACAGGAUCCUUGUCUCGGGGAAAUAAUAACUCUGGCUGAAGCUGAAAUCAGUCCUGAAAACUUGACUCGUAAUGCGGUGGGUGAGUUGAGAGAGUUAUCCCAAGCUAUUCAUCUGGAGAGUACCAAGGCAAAUAUAGGAAAUGAUCAUGGUCUGCAAGAAAUUGUAGUGGGAAAAGUUAGAGACGCUCAUGCAGAAGGCCGAGUAUAGCAGGAGAACAAUCUCAAUGAAAGUUUUAUGGAUUGUUCAUGUGGUCUUGUCUGAGAAGGUUUUGUGUAUAUGUGAAAAUGCAUUAAUGUUUGAAGUAGGAGUGGCCAUGUUGAUAUCGAGGAAAACGGUUAUUCAGCUGGAUAUGAUAAAUGUCAUGCCACUAUUCAAGAGAUGGUUGAUACCCGGUGUAAAUGUUAGGCGGUAUUGCAAUUACUGCAAUUUUUUGUUGAAGAAUGAGGCUUGAUUAAGAACCUUUGUCACAUCGCGGCCUUAUUGAUGCAGCAACUUUUCAGUUUGAGUUUUGAAUCCGGCAUUCUCUACUUAAGCCAUCCUAGAGAAUUCUUUUUUCUGUUGGCCGUUUUGAAAAGGUAGGCAUCAUUAGUUUGCCCUUUUAUUUUCUUCUAUUUUUGUAAUGGAACCUUUUUAUAUAAAUUCUUGGGUUGCGUGCUUAUGAACGACUUGACCUGCAAGGGUAGUGUCAAUGAUUUAUGCGUGUCUGUUUACCA